AUGCCCGGCCCGACGACAAAUGGCGAUGCAGCCGCUGCGGCAGCGGCCCAACUUGAUAACCUCAAGCCGCCGCCGGGCAUUAUUAUCCCCCCUCCAGGCGAGAUCCGCGAGGCUAUCGAAAAAACAGCCGGCUACGUGAUGCGCGGCGGUGCCGGCCUCGAACAGCGAAUUCGAGACAACCAUGGAAAGAAUCCGAAGUUCAGCUUUUUGAUGUCCCCAAAUGACCCGUACAAUGCCUACUACGAAUGGCGCAAAGCCGAAAUCAGGGCCGGCCGCGGCACCGCCAUCUCGGCCGGGCGCGUGGGUGAGGCUGCUGCCACUCCCGCGACGGCGAAGCCAGCUGGCCCUCCAAAGCCUCCCGAUUUCCAGUUUUCAGCUCGUAUGCCUCGCAUGAGCCAGAAAGACUUGGAGAUUGUGCGACUGACUGCCCUCUUUGUCGCCAAGAACGGCCGCCAAUUCAUGACACAGCUUGCCCAGCGUGAGGCCGGCAAUCCCCAGUUCCAGUUUCUAAUUCCCAAUCACACAUUCCAUAACUUCUUUCAGAGCAUGAUCGACCAAUAUACGAUUUUGUUGCGCGACAGUGGAGUCAAUGGCGAAGGCAGCAAGGCUCAGCAGGAUCGCAUCGAGGAGCUCCGACAAAACGUUGCCGACAAAUACAGAAUCCUGACGCGCGCAAAGCAGAGAGCGGAGUAUGCGAAGUGGCAAGAGGCCGAAAAAGCUAAAAAAGAGGAGGAGGCCGAGAAGAAGAAGCUAGAAUUUGCCCGCAUUGACUGGAACGACUUUGUCGUCGUCGAGACCAUCAUCUUUACCGAAGCCGACGACCAGGCCAACCUUCCUCCUCCGACAACCCUCAAUGACCUCCAGUACGCCUCUCUUGAAGAGCGAAACAAAGUUUCUAUCAGCUCAGCACUCCGCAUCGAGGAGGCAUUUCCAUUCGACGAUACAAGCUACAAUGCCCAUCCACCCCCUCCAGCUUAUGCCACCCAAGCACCUGCUGCGCAACCAAUACCGGCACCGGCACCUACACCGGCACCAACGCCUGCACCAGUGUCCCAGGCAUACGGCACUUCAGCGCCUGUUGCCGAUCGCACUAAGCCCACUGGACACGAGGCUCCUGCGCAAAACGAACAAGACCGAUUGCGCCCUCAGCCAGUGCAGGCUGCUGGUGGCCCUGUACCUAUGAAGAUCAAAGAGAAUUACGUGCCGCGCGCUGCCCAGCGUGCUGCUAACAAAUUUGGCACUCAGACUGCCAUGUGCCCGAAUUGCAAGCAACAAAUUCCUCUCAGUGAAAUGGAUGAGCACAUGAGAAUCGAGCUGUUGGAUCCCCGUUGGAAGGAACAGAAAGCAAAGGCAGAGGCCAGAUACGCCACGACUAACCUGUCCACGGUGGAUGUCGCCAAUAAUCUUAAGCGUCUUGCCAGCCAACGAAGCGAUGUGUUCGACACGUCCACUGGUCAGACAGUCUCAGAAGAAGAGCUCGCCCGUCGGAAGAAGGUUGCACUUGGCACAGCUGAUAACACUCCCGACGGCAGGAGUCAGAUGCAGACCUUCAACCUUGACGAGCAGAUCCGUGCUAUCCACCAGAAAUUCGCUGACAAGAAAUAA